UCAACCUACGCAUAGAGUAAACAGAUGAUCGAACCAGAAAUGGAGGAAUUAACAGAGCUGGAGAGAUUACAGGCUCAAAUCCUUAAUAGAAUUGCAAAGCUCGAGCUCUCUAUCCUUUCUCCAUCCAACAAUUCUCCCAAUAAUGACCUACCUACCAUCACCACCACCACCACCGAAGCACGCCUCUCCGCCGUCCUUGUCGACGGCGGCGUCAAAGACUUCUCAUUCAAGCGCGUUCCUUCCGAUUACUAUGAUUGGUCCUUCGAAUCUCGAAGAGACAUUCUCGGUGCCGCCUCCAUUCAUCAUCUAUGUAAAAGCAUUGUUCUGGUUAAUACUCAAGCUGCAUCCAAUAUCACUGAUUGCAGUGACCGCCAAAAUUCAAAGUACUACGUUGUUGUUGUUCAGUACACCGCUCGAUUUAGUGCUGAAGCUGUAAAAAACUUUCUUUAUUCGCUCAACAAUGGCAAGAUACCCAAAAAGAGAUUCAACUUAAGGCUUGCUCCAGAAGAGAUAUCACACAAGCUGACUGGUUAUGAACACAAUGGAGUAACAUGCGUUGGCAUGAAAACCGACAUCCCGGUUAUUUUGGACGAAGCAAUUGUGAAGCUUCGUCCGGAUUUCUUCUGGUUGGGUGGCGGAGACAUCGAUCUGAAACUAGGAAUCAACACUUCUGAAUUCAUCAACUUCGCAAAACCGUUCAUUGUGAAUUGUAGUGGCUCUUGAUUCGUUUGAAUCAAAGACGUUGCUAACGCACCUAUUGUUUCCGGGGUUUAUCACUUUCGAGUGAGGUUUACUGGUUUUUUUUUUUUGUUUUUUUGUUUUAUAUUAAUCAUUUUAAUCAACUCAUUUGAAGAAAGAGUGCUUGAUAAUUAAUCUAAUAGAAGGGCCAUCAUUGUUCAUGCUUAGAGGAUAAUUUCAGAGUAAAUUACAUUUUUGGUCCUUUGGUUGUUGUUCACUAUUAAGUUUGGGUCAAUAUUUUAAAUUAAUGACAAUUUUAGUCAA